UCGCAGCCUCGCCUAGUCAGGUUACAUCUGCCAGAAUAGCGCCUUACAGUUCCGGGUAUCAUCUGUCUACUACGUCUCCUUGGUCUCAUCCUUACGCACGGAAGCCAAAUUUGCGCCAGUACGCCGCGCCUGCCGCUUCGCCCUCCACCACCCAUUUCAAUCGUCCUCCAGUUCCUCUUUUCAACGACAACUCGACCACUCCAAAACUCCACGAUCAGAUCCUCAGAAAACAGCACCUACACUACCUAAAGCGAUAUCAAAACUACCUCAAUAAACAGAAUCACCGCCGCAACAUGUCUACCUCCAUGAUUCCUCAAGACCUGUCCGAACUCUUUGACUUCCAGCCUGGUUCUAUGGAGGCUACCAUGCUCUCUCCUCAGAUGAUGACUGGCAACUUCUUCGGCCAGGGAGUCGAGGCUGCUCCUCCUGCCACUGUCUCGCCCCAGGACCUCUUCCUUGAUGCCUCGUCUCUCGCGCCUCCUCCUUCGGCCACUUUCACUGAUUUGAGCACUCCUCCGUUGGCUACGCCUGGCAGCUUUAGCCAGAACACCUCCCCUCUGUUCACCCCCGAGAUGGAGUUGAUGACCUCUGUCGAAGACUGGGAUGCUUUGUUCCCCAUCUCGCAGGAGGUGAACCGUCUCGAUCAGCUCAUCGACCCUGUUGAGAUGAUCCCGGCUAUGGACUCGGGCGAGAUGAUCCCCCCCUUGCCGCCUACCAAGUCUAUGGGUCCCCCGCAUUCUCCCAUCAUCAGAGAAAGCGCCUCUCCCAUCAUCAGGCAAAGGAAGUCUCCUGCUCCAGCUUCAGGUGUCGCAGCUCGCUCUAUCUCGCCUCCCACCACCCGCGUCAAGCACUCCACCGUCGCUGGUGUCACCAAGCACUCCACUGUCGCUGGUGUCAACGCUCGUCAGCGCAAGGAACUGGCACCAAUCACGUGCGACACGAGCGAUCCUGCCGCUGUGAAGCGGCUCGAAGAGUCCCUCCUCCAGGCUCAGCAGAGUGAGCAGUACUGGAAGAUGAAGGCUCUCGCCAUGGAGGGUCAAUAAAAGUUUAUCGGAUUUUCUUGUGUAUGUUUGCGGGUCAAAGGGUUUUGUUACUAUGUGUCUGUGCUCAUCGUGCACUUGUCGUUUAUUUGAGUCUUGUGGACGGGGGCGUCGAG